GACAAGAUCAAGUCGCCCGUGGCGUCACUGAAGUUCAGAAGUGAUUCAGGUCCGGUUGAGGUCAAUGACCUGCAAGUUCCUAUUGACGUCAUGAUGCCGCAGAAACCAGGUACUGUGGUGGUGCAGACAGAGCGCGGGGAGACCUCGCCGACUGGACAGGACGUCAUGUCGGUACAUAACUUCACCAUUACUGAAGGUGCCAGCUCCGUCCAUGUCACCGUCACACCUGACGUGGAAGGAAUACCACUCCGUUUGUUUCUCGGUAUCAACAGCGCCCCCUCCCGAAAGGUAUUUCGCAAGGCAAUGUCCAUGCCGUCGGCGGUCGGUUCACUGUACUCCAUUCCAUUAGGAAACAACUCUUACCUUCGACCAGAUCCUUUCCAGUGGCUGCUGCCUGCUAGUGACUUGGGACUUACCGGCUCCGAGCAACUUUUUCUUGGCGUGGACCACGAGCCUUUUACAGAUGACAUCGACACCAACGAUGACACAGUGAUUUGGGGUGAUUUGUCAAAAGCGUUGGAACUGGGAUAUGGUGGAGUAAACUUCACCAUGAACUACACACUCCAGAUCUUCACCUCCGCCUGUCUUUUCUUCGACAACGAUCAACAACUGUGGAGUACCGAGGGAUGUGAGGUUGGUUCAUUGACGACCACUACAUUGACCCACUGCCUGUGUGACCAUCUCACCGCGUUCGGCUCCGACUUCCAGUUCUUCGUGGCGCCGAACUCCCUGAACAUCCUGGAGGCUCUGGAAGGGUUUACAAACAUCAUGGACAACCCGUCGGUUGUCAUCACCAUCGGAGUCCUGUUUGGACUUUAUCUUCUGAUUGUGAUAUGGGCAAGAAGGGAGGACAAAAAAGAUGGACUAAAGGUGGGUGCUACAGUGUUGGAAGGGUCGAAUCGAGGCAGACAUACAUACGAAGUUAUGGUUUACACCGGGACCCGAGCCAACGCUGGGACCAGUGCAGAGGUGUUCCUGGUGCUUAGAGGAGAGUUGGGUCAGUCUGUUCCGUAUGUGUUGGAAGACAAAACCCGCAUUACGUUCAAGCAAGGCGCUGUAGACACGUUUGUGGUGACGUCAGACUUUCAUCUGGGUCCAAUAUAUGCCAUCCAUAUUUGGCACAAUAACAUCGGCCCUGACCCGUCUUGGUAUCUUGACCAAGUCAUCAUUACUGACGUCCAAGAUGAUGAUAAGCACACGUUCCUGUGCAAAAGCUGGCUGGCAGUAGAAGAGGGAGACGGGAAAGUGGACCGUGUGCUGUAUAAGGCAAGUCACGACGAUCUGAUCCGCUUCGGUCGUCUUUUCUCCACUAAAACUUCCAAGGACUUCCGAGAUGAACAUCUGUGGUUUUCCGUGAUUGGUCGGCCAGCAACAAGUCCCUUUACCCGAGUGCAGCGCGUCUCCUGCUGCCUGUCUCUGCUGAUGUGUACGAUGCUCACCAACAUCAUGUUCUUCGGCCGGGGUGACGCUUACCAGAAGCCAGCUCCAGUCUACAUCCUGGGGUUCCAAGUACAGUUUCCCAUCUCCUGGGGCGAGAUAAUAAUCGGUAUCCAGAGUGCUCUGAUGGUGAUCCCCGUGAAUCUGAUCAUUGUCCAGAUUUUCCGGAAUUGUGCGGCCAGACCUCCUAGGAAAAUCAGCACUGUUGGUGUGCGGGGCGUGUCGAGGAGGGAUCCUGGCGGCACACCCUCCCCAGUCAUGUCCUUCAGCCGGGACGACCCUGCCUUCGCUCGCAGGUCAGGAGUCUACUCAGUGUCCUCGUCGACAGAAGGCGAGAACGCACGCACCACUACUGACGGCGGUUUAACAGUACAAACAGUCGUUUCAGUAGAAGAAGUUGAACCCCCGGAAGAUACCGUCAGCAGUAGAGAAGAGGAAAGAUACGACGCCUUAGUGAUGAAAAGUGACCUUUCCGUGAAAGUCGAUCAACUGGCGAAGAAUAAAAAGAGAAAGAAGCGUCUUUUACCAUGGUGGUGUGUCUUCUUUGCAUGGCUCCUUGUGCUGGGUACCUGCGUCGUAUCCUCGUUCUUCACCAUGUUGUACGGGUUCGAGUACGGACGGAAGAAGGCAGAGGCCUGGGUUCUCACGUUCCUUACGUCCUUUGUCUUCGACCUGGCCAUCUCUCAACCACUCAAGAUCAUCCUGCUAGGUUUCUUCUUCGCGUUGCUAAUAAAAAAGCCUGAUUCCCUGGAGGACGAUCUCUCCCCAUCCCAGCUGCGUGAUGAUGAGGUGUUUCUUGGACUACAGGAUGAACAUACUAAACACAAAUCCAAGAAGAAACAUAAACCGACUGGACCUCCAGGAAAAGACAGACUUGCGGUUGCGAGAGAACAGCGGUUCAUAGAACUGGGUCUGAGAGAUGCGUGUUACGACUUUGUGUUCUACACCAGCUACAUCAUUCUUUUACUAGUCAUAGCGAACGGGAGCAGAGACAGUUCCAUGUAUCACAUGAACACCCACCUCUACAAUACAAUUGUUAAUCCCUUUGCAAAGAUCAAAGAUUUCGCAACGUUUUGGAAAUUCGUCAGAGAUCACGUCGUUUCAGAUCUUCACGACGUGAGAUGGUACAACGGAGACGGAUUAUACAGAGCGGGCUUCAUGACUGAUACAAGUUCCUUCCUCGUCGGACGUCCCCGGCUCCGCCAAAUCCGAGUCCAGAAAGACGAAAGCUGUGAUGUCCCCGCACCUUUGUGGAGGAUGCUGACUGACUGUGAUCAGCCUUACAGCCUGCUGAAUACUGACGUCAACAGUUAUGACGUCGGCUGGACACGUCUGGACAACGUGACCUUUGACGCACUGACCAGCUUGGACAACAUUUCCCACUACCAGAGGCCGUGGAUCUACCAGUAUGCAUCAUUGAGUGCUUCACCUAACUCCGACUCCCGGGGGACACCAGUACUGACUCCGGUGGCACCUGUCCUACCGUCUGCGCCAGCGACCGACGUUCAUGUCCCGCCACCGGUUUCUGUCCUGCUGCCGACGCCAGGGGCGGCCCGGGCCGAGUCUCCCGUAACGCCGCCUGUGCCUGUCCCGCGGACGUCAGUAACGCCGCCUGUGCCUGUCCUGCGGACGUCAGUAACGCCGCCUGUACCUGUCCCGCGGACGUCAGGGGCCGAGUCUCCAGUAACGCCGCCUGUGCCUGUCCCGCGGACGUCAGGGGCCGAGACUCCAGUAACGCCGCCUGUGCCUGUCCUGCCAACCACCAGUACGACCGUUCCCACCACCUCUCUACGGCGACGACCCAGCCCUCGUCGGAACCGUCCAGAACACAUGAACACUUCCAUUUCUGUACCGGACUAUGUUCCUCUUAGUUAUAGUGAUAGCGAGACUGACCAUCUCCACCCCAACGUAUGCCAGGUAAAUACAGAUUGUUCUCAGGACGAGGGGCUGACUGGCCAGGGCCCUCCUUCGGAUAGGCCGGGUCCCCGGGGGGAAUCGCUCGAGGUGGACCCCUCGCCCCCUCCCUCGAGGUCCGUAGCUCACGACUCCUUGCCUAACAGCUGGAGCCCAGUCACCCACCUGAUGUCAUCCUUAGUUCGGGCCUUCAAUCGCCCACCAAAACUGGAAAGUUUCUCUAUCUAG